AUGGCGUUUUUGCAUUCCGUGCUUAAAGAUAUUCGUGAUAAUGAGAAUCUUUCGCCCUAUAAAUUUGCGUUAAAUACUGCUGUAGAUGAAUUACAUGGUCAACUUAAUAAUGGCAAAGCAGGUUUGCGUGAUGUGAUUGACAGUGUCAAGGAGGGAAUUCGCGAUUGGUUGGGGGAGGUGGAAUUAAAAAACAAAAACGUUUCAGGCUCAAUACACACGCUUAAUGAGUUGAUUGAUGCACCUAAAAAUGUAAUUGAUGGCAUGAUAAAAAACGCGGAAUAUAAUUUUGAUGCAAAAAUUAAAUUGGCUGAGUGGAUCGCCGACAUUACUGUUUUUCAAAAGUAUUCUGGUUUUGCUUCUGACGGUCUUAAGUAUCUUGACAAUAAUCUUAGAACACAAUUAUAUCCCCACGUCUCCCUAAUUAAAGACAGAGUGGACACUUUCGUGGACUCCACUAAGAAGGAUCACGAGGGGCUUGUUAAGGUAUGUGAGAAGGUGGAUAAGGAGGUAAAGAAAAUUACGGAUUAUGCUGAUUUGGUCAUAAAGAAUGCAGCAGGUGAUAUUGCUAGCAAGUUUAUGAAGAUAGAAAAACAUUUGAAGGAUGCCAGAGAGAACAGUAAUGCCCUUGAUAAUGCAUAUCGCUAUGCUAAAAAGAAGUUGAUGGAAUUGAAGCGGACGGCAGAGGCUGUUUUGCAGACCGCAAAAGAUAAUACCUGGCAGGUUAGUGUGCUUGAUGCGAAAAUACAGGGGGUGUUGAAUCCUAGUGUUUAUCGAGUAUGGGAAAAGUUGAUGGCAGUUGACAUAAACAUUAUCCAAGAUCAGCUCAGUAGAUUGGUGAGUGGAAUUACCCAGGCGAUUGCAAAACUCUCCGAAGUUUUAGAGAGUGGAAACAUUGAAAAAGUGGAAAGCCUGAUAAACAAGUUCUAUCGUGCUGACUUCAGAAAUCUAAAGAAUCUGGUGGACAUGGCUAAAUUAGAUUACGAAGAGGCGGUUAGUAAAACAACACCGCCGAUUAAAUCCGUACAUCAACCACCGGCAAGUCCACCGAAGUCUAACGCCGAACAGGCAGCCGAUGCCGCCGCUUCACUGGAGACUAAAUUGAACAAGGCUCUCGGCAUUGAGCCGUCGACUACAAAACGCGUUGUUGUCCCUAAAGGCGCAAAACAGGAGAAAAGCCUUGCCGGCAAGGUUGAUGAGGCCAUUAAAAGGGUGAAGGAUAAGGUUGAUGGACUUCAAAGUGAAUUCGACGCAAAUUAUAACCCUCUGAAAUCUGGUGUGGAUGCGCUUAGGUCAACCAUGGAAUCUGUUAUUGCCGUUUCCAAACAGAUUGCAAACGCUGAUUCCGGCGUUCCAAAUGAUAUUAACAAAAUAGAAGAAAAGAUUACAGAUCUCCAACGCGAAUUCCGUGACGUUCUCACCGCCGUAAGAGACGCCAAAUUAACUCACCAUAUCAGUGAGAUAUGGAGUGCCGUAAAUGCCGCAAAAGAACAAAUUGCAAAAUAUAUAAUAGACGCCGCACGCCACUUCAAAUCCCUCGCCACCACCGCACAAACCCAAAUCAAACGCCAAGCCCUCUCCAAGUUCGCCCAGUCCAAGGCCCGCGCGCUCGAGCAGCUGAAGCAGCUGGUGGAAGAUGAAAAGGAAAAAAUAGAAUAUCUUAUCUCUUUAGACAAAAUGGCAGGACUAAAAGGAUUCAUGAAAAUAUUUAAAGAAAAGUUUGUUCCUGAAGUUGGGAGUAUGAAUUCCAUUAUUCAAGGUUCUACAGGUACGCCAUCCGGCAAUAAUCAAAAUAAAUCCAAGCUGAGCCACGCAACUGAUAAAUUAUAUGGAGGCUUUUAUGCGUUAUUCGAAGAAGUUGCAAAAGUAGGAGAGGAAUUACAACGACACGCCGACGUGAUACGUCCUGACGCAUUGUUCCCGGAGCCCUCUAUUUACGGAAAAUUGUAUGACCCCCUAAAAAUUGUGCUUCAGGAUAUUAAUGAUUCUGAACACUUCGACCACAAUUUCAGUGACCACUUAAAAUCCCUCAACAACGCACUAUCUACAUUCUCCCCCGCCAAAUUCACUGACUCCUCCAGUCCCAUCCUGCAAGCGCUCAAGGACGGAAUCGACGCCCUGGCCAAGCAACUCGGCUACGCAUAUGUGAGCGCUUACUGCUGUAAGAAGUUUGACGGUGCGUUAGUGGAUCCUCAGGAUCCCCCUAAGACGUCAGACGACAAACGCAAAUUGACUGAGUACGGCAAGAAGCUGUCUAAGGUUUUCAUGACCUGUCUCCCUGGUUGGGGUAAACAUCUCGAUUGGCUGAGGAGGCAUUGUGAUAAGGAUCCGAAGGGUCCGUGGAAUGGUCUGCAGAUUACUAAAUUAAAAAAUAAUCCCCUCGGACUCUGGUUUGACUCCCGCGGUUACAAGGUGUCAGAUUCAGAAAAGCCGGAGGGCGAAUUAAAUAUCAUACAGGAUCCAAAACAUGGUAUCCACGGUCUCCUCGUCGACAACAGAGAGAUUGAAAAACGUCUGUACAGAAACGAUGAUGAAAAGAAAGAUCCCGGCACACUUAGGGAGGUAUGCAAAUACCUCCCCCUCUAUUUCCAAGUCCGUCAUCAUGAGCACUUUGACUCACCAAAGCCUCCAACGACAGUAUCUCAUAUGCUGCAGUGGAUUACCGGACUGACGUAUAAUCCCAUGCUUGAAAAACUCGACUCACAUUUCACCACAAUGUUUCAAGGCCUGAAAAAAGCGUAUAGAUUAGACAAUCCGCACAUAGCUAUCACUAAGCCGUUCAGACUAAACCUCGGUGCCAACGAAAACAUUGUCGGAUCCGGCCACUUAAGCGCUGUACUUCGCAGGGUUUGCAAAACGGCCGAAACUGUGUUAAUUGCCUUGCAGGGCCACGGCCACGCGGCUGGCCGCUACGCCUGUGAGUACAGUAGUAACGUAGAUAAACUGGACUAUACAACUAGCCCAUCUAAAUGUUUCGAUUUGCUAUGCGAAAUAUGCCUUAAACUACAUGAUCAGCUUAACUUCCUUUAUAGGCAUUGUUCUCAUCCAAGUAAACUCGGUGGGUGGCAAGACUGCUGGUAUGGCAACGGCGUCGCUGGUACUAGCUGGCAGUGCAAUAACUUGCAAUGUCCAGACCAACCAUACAACCAAGAGGGUAACCAAAAGCAUAACCAACAGUGCGACCAAAACUGUAACCAAAAUGCUGACUGCGGUCUCAAAUCGCCGCUUCAAUCAUACUUGGAAGACGGUCUUCCAGGUUUCAUACCGCACCACCUUAAAAAGCUUGGUUGUGGAGUGGAAUGUUCCCUCGGUAAGCAUAGGGGGUUACCAUGCCUAAUUCCCAUGGGUUUCUCCGAAAUUGGCACGGUGGCAUCGCACAGGCAAAAAGGCGAAGAUCUCAAGAAAGUUCUUGAGAAAUUCUGUGGCCAACCAAGCAAACCGCUCACCCUAUUCUGCUCUUACGUGAAAUGCUUGCUACAUAUUCCGCCUCAAACACUUGGUGAUAUGUUCGCGUUUUAUUACGGUUUCCUUAACGGGUGGGAUGGCAGUGGCCCGAAUAGGAAAGUAGCAUUUGAACAGGCUGUUCAAAAUGCCGAUUUCGAAAAUAGAAACACAACGCUUAAUGUUGGUACAAUGUUCCAGAGCAGUGAUCAUACAGGUACCUCAACAACCCAUGUGAAAGGAGACCUGUGCAGCCUCGUCACCUGCGAUGGAGGAAUCGCUACUCUGGACCCUGUCGGCACCUGCGGACCGUAUCUCAGACCGCUUUGUAUGGACAACCGCGGUAUUUAUUCUUCCACGUUCAAAAACUAUUACCUGUCUUGGAUUGUUUAUGCCACUGAAACAUUUUCCAGGUUGCUGAAGGACCUAUUGGAGGAGUGCCGUCAGAGUUGUGGGCUGCCCAAAUCUAAGUGUCAUACGACAAACUGCGUUACAAAUUGCCGUACAGUUGUCUCUGACAUUACAUCUCCGAAUAAAAAUCACCAACAAGGCUGCAAAUCAAUUGUGAAAUGCAAGUCAACAUUACCCAAUUUGUAUAAAUAUGGGUUCUAUUUUGGUAACACACAAAAGCUAAACGGCACAGAAGAUAUUAGAACUAAGCGGACAUGUAACGAUUUCUGCGACGCAUUGGAUAGAGUCCUCAGCGAAGUGAAGGACAAGAAUGAUGUACUAGCCAAAUUGAUAUAUGAAACUAUUCCAAAAUUCUUAUGGGACAUCAGGAGUAAAUUCUACUACCUCUUACUAGCCCUCUGGUCGCUCUCGCUCCUGUACCUGCUGCACAUCGCCGUCGUCCGCCUCGACGUCCUGAGGAUACGCUCCCACCUGAGAUCACCCUCAAGCCACCGCAUCGCCGCGCAGUCCCUCCUCGCCGCCGCACGCGUCAAGGCACUCGCCAACGUCAAGGGAAAAGCCUUGGAUGAUCUUGCUGAACGGCGCAUCUCUCUUGGUCAGCUUGCUGGACAGCUUUCGGGGUUUAUUGGCAAAAGUGACGCUGUUACUGACGCAAUUAAUAAUGCUAUUAACAUCAUUAUUGACAGUAAUGAAGACUUCAAAAGCCUUAAAAUUCCUUCGUCUUCGACUGUGCAUCCUCCCGCUGCCGUGCCUGCUGAGCUUAUAAAUGAUGGUGAGCUUAGAAAGAAAAUUGAGCAUUAUGAAGAUAAAAUUGCGUCCCUUGAAGCUUCACAAAAAGCCAAUAAAGAUGCUUUUUCUGAGAAAGAUUCUCGCCUUUUAUCCUCUCAUCAGUCCAAGUUGGAUGCUCUUCAGAGGCUGAAGAGCCUUAAUGACUCCUUGAGUUCACUUAAAAGUCCACAAGAUAAACCUUGUGAAACAUUAUUAAAUAACCUGUGCUCUGGCCUGGAGAAGUUCCUUGGUUACCAAGAAACUUCCAAAGGCUACGACGGCACUGGCAUCGUGUACUCGGACCUUGACAGGCUCUGCGACGGGGUGAUGUCUUUCCUUCAUGGAGUUCUUGAGAGUGUUAAGGAUGAUGAUUCCGUUACAACUUAUGAUAAUGAUCAUACUCUUAAGGUAAGUAAUGUUAUUUCUAUAUUACAUAAUGCUUUAGGUAAGGGACCGGAAGACUUCAAGACUUCCAUGGAUAUGGUGAGUGACUGGUUAGUAAAAUAUUUUGCGCAGGUUACCAAGUAUACGGAGAAUAUCACUGGACAACUAGGUGAGUUGAAAAAUAAUAUUAUACCUAUUACAAUUUCAUCUGUUUCAGGUAGUGCUACGAAGCCACUCAAGGAGCAACUGGACGACUGGACUCAGGCGGUCCAGAUCAUAGAAACACACAUCAAUGACAACCUAAUUAAUAAUGUCCAUAACCUAGACAAAUCACUUAAACAUAGCUUGCGUAGUGAGAUUGAGGCGAUAAAGGCUUCUGUUAAGAUGUUCCAUGACUCAGCCAAAAAACAACUCUUGGUGGAGCAGGUGCAAAGGGUGGGCAGAGAGUUAAAGUGGCAUGAGGACUAUGUGUUGACGAAAAUUAGGAGUGGAUCGCAAGUGCUGCAAGACAAAUUGGAGCAAGAGUUUACAAAAAUGGGUAUUGACAUUCGGAGUGUGAAUGAGACAAGGGAAGCGCAGGUUACUAAUCUCCAAUGUCUGACAGCAGAUGCCAGGAAAAAAGCACAGCAAUUGGUCGACGCUUUCGACACGACAUAUAAGCAAGAGAUUGAAAACAAGCUUUUAGACAUCGAAUUAAAACUGGCCAAUCUUGAUAAAAACAAGAAUGGAGGGGAAAAUUCAUUCCUCAAGGCGCAAAUAGUUGCACUGACGUCUGCAGCGGAAGCCAUGGACAAGGCGUGCAAAGCGAAAUUGACAGAACUCUGCAAGGAUGUAAAAAAGAAUGUUUUAUCGGCGAAUAGAACCCGUGCACAACUCAUAAGACAGGCCGAUGAAAAAGUGUCGACGGCGUACAUGAAGCUAACUGAGUUGAUAAAAGGCUCCACUGAGGGACUUAUGGAGUCUCUCACCAGCGCUUGGACGGCGUUUGAAGAAAUAAAUAAGGGAGUUUUAGGAGUCUCUAAUGAUGAUUACACGAAAAGUAUACGUCAUAACUGGGAUACGCUUAAGGAGAAAAUAAAGGCACUUGUUGGUGAUAUUAACAGUGAUGGUAAGGGUCUAAUUCAAUUCUACCAAGGCGUGGAAGCGUAUGUAGGAUUGUUCACUCAGUCGAGCUUUGGGAAGAAAAUUUUGGAAGAGUGGAUUAAUGAGAUAGUAGAUAAGGACCCUGUGAAGGGGCAUAUAGGCUUGUAUCUCACAGAUAAUCAUGGUAUGUUCAACGUAGGAUACGCUACAGGAGGCGAUACAGGGGAUUUUUCUAAGGUUUCGAAAGAAGUUAAACAAAAAAUCUUGUUAGGGCUUAAGACUAGCUUUCCAACAACACAGGUUAGAACCCAUCAAAACGUUGAGGAAAAAUUGACAGGUGUUUCCAGUUUUCUCAAUGCGUUUGCCACUCAGGUGAUAAAACAAGAAACUUCGAUUGUCAAAGCGAUUGAUGAUGUCGUGGUAAAUCAACAGAAAAAAAGGAUCUCACCUUAUUAUCAAUCGGAACUCCAAAUCGCCAUCCACGAGACACUAGCCUCUUUAUCAUCUAUUGCCAAGCAAGUAGCUGGCCAAGUCGAGAAAUUCAGAAGCACAUCUCACAUAAAGAAUGUCUAUACAGCUAUCGGCCAUGUCCAUAGAAUGAAAGGUGAAAUUGCGAAUGAACCUGGCAGUCUGAUUGACACGGCAUUAACUAACCUAAAUGGAAAAUUUAACAAGCUUUAUGGAAUAUUGGAACUGACGCACGGCACGCUCACCGCUAAAGUGAAAAACCUCAAUAAUAUUACGACAGCUAAAGAAGUUAGCGGUAUGAGUAAUUUCGCAGUCGACGGGGAAAAUAAGAUCUGUAAUUCGAUCGAGAAGAUAGAACAAAAGUUCAAUCAGGAGUUUGAAAACGGUAAUAAUGAAAUUCAAACUCAACAUAUACCCGCGUAUGUUGACACGGAAGGCAGGUACACCGCCGCCAAAGGUGAAAUUGAUACCGUCAUUGACGACCAAGUGGAGAAGCUACCCGGCUUGUUAGACACAGCCAGGAACACAGCGAAACAGAAAAUGGACGCCUUGAAGGAGGAAAUUGAGAAAAUCAGGAAUGCGAUUUAUCCUAUCGAGGAAGCGGUUGAAAGCGCCGAUAAGCAUAUGACUGCGCUCAUCGUGGCCGUACAAAAAACAUUAUCAGCAGCCAAGUCAGCGUUGACAAAUGCCAUCACCAAAUUUCAAUUAGAACUCAGCACCGUCGUCACUACUGCAUUCGCAUCGGUCACUACUGAAGUCCAAACCAUGUUUGCAUAUCAGAAGAUUGCGGACCUGGAGGCUUUGAAAACCUUGGUGGAAAAUCAAUUGAAGAAAGUGGAACACAUCAUCCAGAGGGAUAAAAGAAUGGGAAUUAAAGGUUUUUUAAAGGCCGUAAAUGGUGUUAAGUUAAUUGUAAAACCAAAUGAAUAUCCCAGGUUUGAUGCGUCUUCACAGCAUAAUUUGCUGGACCAUGUAAAACAAGCUGUACCUGCGCAAUCUCUAAAAACCAAGCCAACGGAAGAAGAUUUCAAAAAGUUAUCUACACAAUUCCAAGAUUACUCCACUAAUAUUCACAAGUAUAUUCAACAUCAACUUAAUUCAUCGUCAACUGAUGUCCAGCCUCAGCCUCACGUCCCACCUCCAAUCUCCGGCGGCGGUUACAGAGCGCGGCCGGCUGCGGCGACGGUUAAUCCUAAAAAUAACACUGAUGAGGUUCCUCCUGGUCGUGUAGGAGUGGCACCUAAAAUCACAUCUCAGCCCUCCCCUCCCACCAACCAAGCAUCUCCCUCCCCGUCCGCCAAGAAUCCCCUUGAGAAGUUCUUCGAGGACCUCAAGCUUCAUGUCGAAAGACUCUUCGGUACGCUUUCCAUGGGCCGCUUCAGCAAUCAAUCUGCCACUAAUCGUGACGCAUUCACCAGCUUCCUCAACUCCAUGCGUCCUGAGAAGUUCGCGCAGCUCAGCAGUCCCCUACUAGAUGUCCUCAAAUCCGGCCUCCAGGAUUUCCUCGGGGAACUUGGCAAGGCGUACGUUAACGUCUACGAGGGACAUCCGUAUAAAGUUGACUUUUCGCGGGAGGCUGAUGGGAAGAAUUGCGCCAAGGCCUUUCUCACCCUUUUAAACACUCUGCAAGACGAUUUGACAACCUUGAAACAACGAUGUGACCAUCCGUCGCCUAAAAGUAAAAUUGAUUUGUCGACCGGUCUGGGAGAAUUAUUCGAGUCGUAUGGGUACGUUGUAUCCAAGCGAGAUAAGCAGAAUGGUGAACUGCGAAAUGAAGAUAACUGCAGAGGUUCAACUGUAUCUGACAAGCUUAAUGAACAAAUUGAAAAGGCUCCCAAUAAUCCGCAUCUUCAACAAUGUAAACCAAAUGGGAAAGCACAGAACUUCAAUGUCAUGGAUAUACUUUUAUGUCUCACUAGCCACCUCACCACGUAUAACGAAGUGUGUCACCUAGGUACUUUCUCCGCGAAGAGGUCACCAUGUUCCGUCUACGAAAUGCUUGCGUGGUGCUACGGUCUGCAGUACAACGGUGUUUACAACAAAAUGAAGUUGCAUUAUCAAGCGUUCCUUAAGAAACAACAAGAGAUGGAAGAAAAGGAACGAUCAGAAGGUAAAACAAAAGAAACUGAAGAGAAGAAAGACAUUUAUUUGAGAGGCGUAAUGGGCAAGCUAGCAAAGCAUGGAUUGCCUGAUUUAUCCAGAAACUCACGUAACAUCCUCACCACUGUACUCGGAACCGGUGACGCAUUCACCAUGUACGCUUCCGACCUUGCUAACAACUCCAUUAAUCUGAAAUAUCCUACCUCCGGAGAGGAGUGUUUACAUACAUUGCUUGAUAUAUUACGUAAAUUAUUCCCGCCACUUAGAUAUUUGCAAACUCGGUGCCAAAUAAACACAAAGCACUCCGGUUGGCGCGAGUGCAAGUACGGUAAAAAUAUACCUACGACUAAAUCGCAGUGUAGCGAUUAUGUAAGCGGUAAAGCAAAUUGCCAACCUAAGUGCGAACCAAAUUGCCAGGCAACGCUCCGACCAACCGAUGAACCAAACUGCCAGCCAACUUCACCGUUAAUGUCUUACCUAAAUGACUGUCUGCCAGGGCAUCUGCCGCAUCAGUUAAGCAGUGUAGGAUGUGCGUCUGUAUGCUUAACGUGUCCAAAGGCUGUGAAAGGUAUGCCUUGUCUCACGCCUCUCGGAUUCAGAAGUUUCUCUGGCUCCACAAAGACAGGCAGAGAUAUAUGUAAAAUCCUAUCCACAUUCUUUGAUGAUGCUGAACUUAGAUCCGUACUCUGUCUCGUUGCCAAACCGCCCUCCACCUUACCGGAGCACUUUGGCUUUGUGUUGUCUCUUGUUAAUGAUUGGCAUAAUGCUCGUCGUCAUUCCAUAAAAGAUUCCUUGGAGACAUCGGUCAAAGAUCGAUCCAUUAGCCUAUAUGAGAAUCCCUCCAAAUUCACCGACGCACUUCGUGAUAUUUUUAAUAGUAAACACAGCACUCAUCCAGAUAAAAAUCAUCUUCCUCAAUAUGCUGACGUGUCAAGUCUGGCAAUGCCAACACCAUGUACCGUUGCCGAUGUGCGCUGCGCUCCUUACCUAUAUACGUUAUGCACCGAUCAAUACAGUAACCUGGCCACCACGCAUUCGGACGCAUACUUAUCGUGGGCCGUUUACCUGCCUUGGACAUUUUGGAAUUACCUCGAAUGUCUAUACAAUGCUUUCAAGGAAAUUUUCUGCCAAGACUGGGGAUGUCGUACGUGCUUGCAUGGUAAAUGCAAACGUGGACAACAUGGCCUCAACGACGAAGAGAGUAAACAACCUCAUUGUCAAUGCGGUUCCAUGGUCCAAUGCAAAGGUGUCUCCUCAACACUAUACCAAUGUGGAUUCACAUUCGGCGACGCAUUAACGUUGAAUGAUGAAAAAUCACCAAAGCAGUGUUCCGAUUUCUGUACACAGUUACGGAAUGUCCUUGAUUCAGAAUAUUUCAAGGAUCUUUUCAGAGAGUGCGACAAUUUCCUAUGCGCCAUCAGAUGGCCAUUUAUGCUAACGUUACUAGCCCUCUGGUCGCUCUCGCUCCUGUACCUGCUGCACAUCGCCGUCGUCCGCCUCGAUGUCUUGAGGAUACGCUCCCACCUGCGCUCGCCCUCGUCGCACCGCAUCGCCGCCCAGUCACUCCUCGCCGCCGCACGCGUCAAGGCACUCGCCAACGUCAAGGGAAAAGCCUUGGAUGACAUUGAUGCCCGCCGUAUCUCUCUUGGUAAGCUUGCCGGACAGCUUUCGGGAUUUAUUGGCGGUGGAGAGGAAGUUACUGAGGCUAUUAGAAGUGGUAUUGACAUAAUUAUUAACAAAUAUCCUGAAGUUAAAAGUAAUUCUAAGCCUUCAUCCCCCAAGCCUCAUGAUUUAGUAGAGUCUACUACGCUUAGUAAGGAAAUUAAGUCAAUUGAAGAGAAAAAAACUCAGCUUGAAAAUGAAAUUGCAGAGCAUAAAAGACAGCAAAAAGAUUCUCCUGUUGAACCAUCCAAGCUUAAAUCGUUAGAUGAACUGACGUCCAAGCUUAAAAGUCUCCACAGUCUACAGGAGCUUGAACAAUAUUCUCAGAAACUUGACACUCAUAAAAAUAAUACACAGAAUUUACUAAAAAAUCUAACAGAAGGAUUAGAAAAGUUUCUAGGUUUCAAUCCAACCUCCAAAGGCUACGAUGGCACCGGCAUCGUGUACUCCGAACUUGACAGGCUGUGUGACGGGGUGAUGUCUUUCCUUCAUGGUGUUUUAAAUGAAGUUCAUACCAAUAAUAACCUUUCGCCUUAUAAAGAGAAAUUAAAAGAUGCUGUAAUUAAUUUAAAUAAGCAACUUAAUAACGGCAAAACAGGUUUGCGUGAUGUGAUUGGCAGUGUCAAGGAGGGGAUUGGUCAGUGGUUGGGGGAUGUGAAGACAAAAAAUGAUGAAGUUAGUAGGCAUAUAAAUGAAUUGUUAAAACAUGAUCAUAUACCUAUGAUUUUAAAGUGUAUUGAAGGUUUAAAAAGUACGGAUUAUAAUAACUUUGCAGUGUCAACACUGCGUAAGUGGAUGGAUGCUGUCGAGAAAAUUCCGAACUAUUCCAGUAGAUCUUUUAUAAAUCUGGAUUACAUCGACCAAAACCUCCAAAAAGCAUUAUCUCCACAUGUCUCCCUUAUUAAAGACAGAGUGGACACUUUCGUGGACUCCACUAAGCAGGAUCACGAGGGGCUUAAGAAGGUGUGUGGGAAGGUGGAUGAGGAGUUUGGGGAGUUGGAUAAAAAAGUGGAGGAGGGGAUAGAAGGAGAUCAGGGGUUGAAAAAGAAGUUGAAGGAGGGGGUUAAAAAAAUUGUUGAGCAGGUUGAGAAAGAGCGUAAAGGUGAUUUGUAUAAGUCAAUUGAUCAAGCCAGGAGGGGUCUCAUGGAGGCCAGGCAGACUGCAAGUGAAGGGUUUGAUAAGCACAAUUCGGGUCUACAACAUAAAAUAAACGAAGCAUUUGAAGCACUGAAACGCGAAGUUGAAAAAUGCCAAAGCAGUUUCAGCAGAAAAAAGGAGGAACUGGACCUCUUAAUCGGUGAUGCUCGAGGGGCCUUCUGCGAUCUUAAAACAAAAUCGGUUAUAGCGGGAGGUGAGAAGGAGAAAUGUAUGGAGCAUAAUUGGUAUAAGCUUAAGGAGAGGAUUACUGAAGUUGUUGAGGAGAUUAAUGGUUACCCCGGCAGUGGGCUUAUUCAGAUUUUCUACGGCAUCCAAAAGUAUGCGAAGGAUUUCAACACCAAAUUCGAAAAAGAUGUUGAGAAGAUGGUUCAGGGAAUUGUGGAUAGUGAAGGUAUAAAGCAGUUGCUUGGAUACUACGUUGGCGAUAACCAAAGUAGUAACCGUGCGCUGAAGAAGGAAAAGGACGUAAUUAAAGCAAUAAAAGAAUAUUUUCAACAGAUGUUUAAAAGGUUAGUUAAGGAGAGUAUCGAAAAAGUUAACGUUUCAAAUACUACCGACGUAAGUCAACUUCCAAAUAAAUUUCAGACUUUAUCUCUGACUAUUGCAAAAGACCUUGCCAGCGCUCUUGAUGUGGAUAAUAUAGUAAACACCAUUUCACGUAUGGUAACAACGGAUGGCACAACCACUAGCACCAACGAUCACCUCAAGUACGCAGUAGAUAUUAUUAUUUCUGCGACGACUUCACUGGCUAAAAAUCUCGCAGAAGAACUGAAAGCAUUAAUUGAAAAAUCUCAUAUCUCCAACCUUCAGACGGCUAUAAAUAAAUUUCGCGAUUUCGGUACUAUCUUCGGCCAGCCCGAUCAGCCUGGCCAUAAGAUUACCAACGCAUUUGACGUUGUGAUAGGAAAAAUAAGCGAGCUUGAUAGAUUGUUCGAUCAGAAUGGCGCUGCAGGCUCCGUGAAGAGCAAGAUCAAAGAAUUGGAAGAAAACAUUCAGAGCUUGAACAAACUACAAGUAAAAGGUUCCGAUGGCAGCAUUGAGGCCCAUAAGGAAAGCGUCACCAAGGAGCUGGCCCAAUUAAAAAAGGAAAUCGAUGAGGACAUCAAGGCUGUAAUCGACAUGCUGGGCACAGCGCCACUACAGCUCAAAAAACUCCUCAACGAAAUUGAAAAAUCACUCACCAAAUUCCAACAAAAAUUCCUCGAAGCCAUCACCGAAUUCCACGCCGCCUACAUAAAACAAUCCACCACCGCCGCCACCUCCAUCAAAAAAUCCGCCCUCUCCCAGUUCGCCCAGUCCAAGGCCCACGCGCUCGGGAAGCUGAAGGAGUUGGUGGAAGACGAGUCGGCCAAAAUCGAAUACCUUAUAUCUUUAGACAAUAUGUCAGGACUGAAAGGAUUCAUGAAAAUAUUUAACGACAAGUUUGUGCCUGAAGUUGGGAGUAUGAAUUCCAUUAUUCAAGGUUCUACAGGUACGCCAUCCGGCAAUAAUCAAAAUAAAUCCAAGCUGAGCCACGCAACUGAUAAAUUAUAUGGAGGCUUUUAUGCGUUAUUCGAAGAAGUUGGGAAUGUAGGAGCGGAAUUAAAACAACACUCCAACGUGAUACGUCCUGACGCAUUGUUCCCGGAGCCCUCUAUUUACGGAAAAUUGUAUGACCCCCUAAAAAUUGUGCUUCAGGAUAUUAAUGAUUCUGAACACUUCGACCACGCUUUUUCCACAAACCUUAAAUCCCUCAACAACGCACUAUCUACCUUCACCCCCGCCAAAUUCACAGACUCCUCCAGUCCCAUCCUGCAAGCGCUCAAGGACGGAAUCGACGCCCUGGCCAAGCAACUCGGCUACGCAUAUGUGAGCACGUACUGUUGUCAGAAGUUUGACGGUGCGUUGCUUGAUCCUGAUACAUCUUUGACUGACGACAAACGCAAAUUGACUGAGUACGGCAAGAAGCUGUCUAAGGUUUUCAUGACCUGUAUCCCUGGUUGGGCAAGAUAUCUUUACGAUCUGCAGCAGAAAUGCAGCGGUGAGUGGAGUAAGAAACAAAUUCACACGCCUGAUGACAGCAAUAAGAUGGCCCUCUGGUUCCACUCUCGCGGUUACAACGUGUCCGAUAGUGACAAGAUUCAGAAUGGUCACUUAAGGAGAAACAUGACAGGUGAACAAAUUAAGACUAAACUGGUUGAGCAUAAACUUGACGCUUCCAAAAUUAAAAUUAAAAUCAAGAAUAGCAACAACCAAAUUACUCUCAUCGACAUCCUCAACUUGUGCCACUACUUCCUUGAGAAGUACAACCGUGUCUCUCACUACUACACGCCUCCGAAGCCCAGAGCCCCGUCCAACAUCUAUCUCAUGCUUCAAUGGACUGCCGGCCUAAAGUACAACCACAUGUACAGUGAAGUCAAGAGCCAGCUUGGCAAUGUGCUUAAGGGCCUACAAAAAGAGUAUAAGUUAGAAGAAGCUGAAUUGCCAGUAGCCGUGCCAUACGAUAUGCAGCGCGUGAUUCAAUCACCUAUAGACUCUGCCCAAUUAACUAAAGCACUUGAAAGUGUCUGCUCUUACUCCGAAAAAACAUUAGUCGCCGUGCUCGGCCACGGGCACGCGGACGGUGUGUAUGCCUCUGAUCACCUCACUAACUCAAGUAAUUUGUUGUAUCCUGGUAGCGGUGGUGCGUGCUUUGACAUGUUAGUAGAUGUGUUAUUUAGACUGUAUAAGCAACUGUGGUUCCUGUGUAAGCAGUGCCUAGAUGGCAAAAGUCACAGCGGGUGGCGUGAGUGCUCGUACGGCAGGCACGUAGCUGGCUCAGGUUGGCAGUGUAACGAAGAACAGUGUGCUAACCUAGAGUGUCCCCAAAAGGUUAAGCAAAUUGGUGACCAAACGGCUGACCUAAGUGCUGACCAAAGAGCCAAGCAAAGCGCUGACCAACGCUGUGGCCAACAUCCCGAUUGUGGCAUGAAAUCACCACUGCAGUCUUUCUUGGAAGAUGGGUUGCAAGGGUUCCUGCCUCAUUCGUUUAACAGUCCCGGCUGCAAGCUAACUUGUAGUGUCUCCAAUCACAGAGGACUGCCCUGUAAGACGCCAAUGGGCUUUGCCGAUAUAGGUAUUGCAGCGUCACAUACUAAAACGGGCGAACAUCUUAAGGAGGCUCUUAACAAUUUUUGUGGUCCGUAUUCUGCCCUCACUAGGCUGUGUAACAUGCUGAACUGCGUACUCCGCCGAGCGCCUCAGACGCUUGAUGAUAUUUUCGGUUUCCUCCGUGGCUACCUGGCAAACUGGAUUGACGCUAGAGAUCAUAAGAUCUCUGCAUUUAAUGCUGCCGUCAGAGAUGCGUAUUUCGGCAAGGAAUAUCCCUUUGACCCAACUAGUAUUUCCUAUACAAGAAACCACUCCCAUCAUAUGCAAACCCAUUCCAAAGGUGAUCUGUUCACCAUAUCCGAAUGCGAAGAUAGAGCAGUAGAUACAUGUGGUGUCUACGUCGAAUCGCUUUCAUAUAACCUCUAUAGCAUUUUCUCGUCGUACCACAACAAACAAUACCUGUCGUGGAUUUUGUACUCGGCUGAGACCUUGUAUAAUUUGCUGGACAGAUUAUAUAAGCAGUGCUGUAAUAACUGCACGUCUCCGGGAGCCAAAUGUCAUGGCACAAGAUGUGCUGAUAAAUGUCAAGUAAAACAGGCAUAUGAUGCUCAAACAUCUGAUGAUGCAGACGCAGCGAGCAAGUCACUCGACGGCAAAAAUCACACCGAGAAUUGCGCAUCCAUUGUCAAAUGCCAUAACACACUUCCCACACUAUAUAUGUAUGGUUUCAGUUUCGGGAAGCCAUUGGGAUUAUGUGGCACAGGUGACGCAAUGGCAGCUAGAAGAACGUGCAAGGAUUUCUGCAGUGCAUUGAAAAAGAUUCUUGAAGAAGAAUCUGCACUCAUCCAAUUAAUCAAGCAAAUCGAUGAAUUCAUCUGGAAGAUAAGAGAGAAAUUCUCCAUCACUUUAUUAGCCCUCUGGUCCCUCUCGCUCCUGUACCUGCUGCACAUCACCAUCGUCCGCCUCGACGUCCUGCGGAUACGCUCCCACCUGAGAUCGCCCUCAAGCCACCGCAUCGCCGCGCAGUCCCUCCUCGCCGUUGCAAAGGUUGGGAAAAUUGCCAACGUCAAGUACUUCUCACCAUAA